AUGGCAAGCGAUGAUAAAAUGAACAUCGAUAGCAUCAUUGCGCGACUUCUAGAGGUAAGGCGCAUCAGACCUGGGCGGAACGUUCAACUGAAUGAAUCUGAGAUUCGAGGACUUUGUCUCAAGUCUAGGGAGAUAUUUCUUAGUCAGCCGAUUUUGCUUGAGCUGGAGGCACCCUUAAAGAUAUGCGGUGACAUCCACGGUCAAUAUUACGACCUACUGCGGCUGUUCGAGUAUGGAGCUUUUCCACCUGAAGCAAACUACCUCUUUCUUGGUGAUUAUGUGGAUCGCGGGAAGCAAUCUCUUGAAACUAUUUGCUUACUCCUUGCAUACAAAAUCAAGUACCCUGAGAAUUUCUUCCUAUUGAGGGGCAACCACGAGUGUGCAUCUAUCAAUAGAAUUUAUGGAUUCUAUGAUGAAUGCAAGCGCCGUUAUAAUAUCAAACUCUGGAAGACCUUCACAGACUGUUUCAAUUGCCUCCCAAUAGUGGCAAUCAUUGAUGAGAAGAUUUUUUGCUGCCAUGGCGGUCUUUCGCCGGACUUGCUGAAUAUGGAACAAAUUCGUCGUAUCAUGCGUCCUACGGAUGUUCCCGAGCAAGGUCUCCUUUGUGAUUUGCUCUGGUCCGAUCCGGAUAAAGAUGUAUCCGGAUGGGGUGAAAAUGAUCGCGGUGUGAGCUACACAUUUGGUACUGAUAUGGUGGCGAAAUUCCUCCAAAAGCAUGAUCUUGACCUAAUCUGCCGGGCGCACCAGGUAGUGGAAGACGGGUAUGAGUUCUUCGCCAAGCGGCAACUAGUCACACUCUUCUCAGCACCCAACUACUGUGGCGAGUUUGAUAAUGCAGGCGCCAUGAUGUCUGUGGACGAGACUCUCUUGUGCUCUUUCCAGAUCUUGCGACCGGCGGAGAAGAAAAAGCCAUACACCACAUUUGGUGGGGGAAGUAGGCCAAUGACUCCGCCAAGGGGCACCAAGCCCAAAGGAAAAUAA